UGGCUGGAGAAUGGCAUUAGCUUACUCCACCCUAACCUACUGGCUCGUGAACCACCCCUACAUCGCCAACUUCACGUGGACCGAAGGUGAAACCUUUGGCUCCACCGUGUUCUUUGUAGCCGUUGUAGUCUCCCUUUACCUCUCCGCAACAUUCCUCCUCCGACAUGCCGUCGUUUCACUCCCCUCACUCGGUUCCAAAAUUCUCAAACCAAUCACAGCCGUUCACAGCUUCAUCCUCUGCCUCCUCUCUCUUAUCAUGGCCGUUGGUUGCAUUCUCUCCGUAACCUCAGACCCCACAAUGCAUUUAUUCCACACGAUUUGUUUUCCCCUCGACGUGAAACCUAAAGGACCGCUCUUCUUCUGGGGCCAAGUCUUCUACCUAUCCAAGAUCCUUGAGUUCGGAGACACGCUUCUCAUCAUACUCGGCAAAUCAUUCCAACGGCUCUCGUUCCUCCACGUGUACCACCAUGCAACGGUUGUGAUCUUGUGCUUCACCUGGCUCCGAACCCGCCAGUCGAUGUUUCCUGUUGCGCUUGUGACGAACUCGUUGGUUCAUGUCGUCAUGUACGGUUACUACUUCCUUUGUGCCGUUGGACGGAGACCGAGGUGGAAGAGGUUUGUGACGGAGUUUCAGAUUGUGCAGUUUGUUUUCGGCUUUGUAUUAUCGGGUUGGAUGUUUCCGGAGCAUUAUUUUGGGUCUGGUUGCUCCGGGGUUUGGACAAUAUAUUUCAUGGGUGCGUUUAAUGGGUCUCUCUUGGUUCUCUUCUUCAACUUCCGCUCCAAGAACUAUGCUAACAAGAAACAAUUAGAUAAUUAUUUUCCAAAAGAAACGAUUAAACUGGCUUAA